AUGACCAGAGCACAGCUGAGGGAUGCUGAGGUAGGCUUGCCCGUUGCUAGCCUGUUAGCCACGUUAGCUGUGUCUAGUAAUCCUGGCAGAAACAACCGUUUCUUCCCACCUUUCCAAACGGGAUCACCCGAGGGACAUACACUGCACGCCAUGGGGAGGAUGCAGCGCAUGCGGUCUUGUUUUACAUCCCAUCAUAUCGCCAGCUUUUGGUUAGAUGUCAAUGUCAUAGUUUGUAGCUAAGGCUGUCCAGUUAGCUCGGCUCGCCUGUGUCUGGUUGACGGAGGGCCAAGGCCAAGGCCAAGCGAGAAAAGGGAGGCCGUCGGGCAUUUGCCCUGUAGGUGGACAGAGGAGGGGAGGAGAAGACCUGGACUAGGUUUUGGAUCAGACCUCCUGAAGUCGCCUCCACCAUCAUCUUAGUCACUGUCACCCUCAGCUGAGCCAUGUCUUCGUCAGGGUGCUGCCACCUACCCGGCUCCCUUUGUGACUACUCUGGGAACGCCGAAUCUGAUGCCUCCAAGGAUUCGGAGGAGUCUGAUUCUACGGCACAGGCCCAGUACAUUGCCAAGGUUACCGCUAAAGAUGGCCGCCCACUCUCCACUGUUGUCAAAGCGGUGAGCUUGCAGAGUGAUGUGGGCAUGUGUCGAAUUUGUCACGAAGGAGCUGGAGGGGAGACACUGCUCUCACCCUGCGACUGCACUGGUACGCUAGGUAAAGUGCACAAGAGCUGCUUGGAGAAGUGGCUGUCCUCCUCUAACACCAGCUACUGUGAACUCUGUCACACAGAAUUCACUAUUGAACGACGACCGCAACCACUCACACAGUGGCUGAAGGACCCAGGCCCUCGCAGUGAGAAGCGCACGCUGCUGUGCGACAUGGCCUGCUUCCUUCUCAUCACGCCCCUGGCAGCCAUCUCCGGCUGGCUGUGUCUCAGGGGCGCCCAGGACCACCUGCAACUGAAGAGCAGACUCGAGGCUGUUGGCCUCAUCGCCCUCACCAUUGCCCUGUUCACCAUCUACAUCCUCUGGACACUGGUGUCAUUUCGGUAUCACUGUCAGUUGUACUCGGAGUGGAGGAGGACCAAUCAGAAAGUACGCCUGCUCAUGCCUGACAUGAAAGGGGCGCACACCACCCAACGCUCUGUGCCGACCAAGUCGACCAAGAAAAUGACUGAUGAGACCAUCGUAUGAGUGCAGAGUGGCGCCAAAAAGGAAUAUUUAAAAUAACGCCCACAGCAGCACUCUAUAAAAAAACUAAAAUUAAUCAUAUUAAUGAACUUUUGCACUUCAUAUGGACCAUUCUGAAAGGGGAGAGCUACUUUCUCCUUCUGUUUUCUUUUUUUGAAGCACUUGAUGUAAAACUACUACGGUAUUGGCCAACCACAAAAAGUGGUUUUGGAAAGAACUCAUUCCGGAGUCAUAGUUGAUGUUGAAACACAGAGUUGUCACCGGACAGCCAGCGCUGGGAUGUGAACCACAUGAACACAUGGACAAUGGACUAACCAGCCCAACUGUGUGUCCGUGACACAAACUUAUGAAAUACUAAGACACAAGCUAAUGUAGCAGGAUAUAACUGAUUCAGCAUGCUACUACAGUAUAAUAUGAAACAUAUUCACUACCUAUAAUUCCCCCAUAUGCCCCAUCACAAUGUAUUUACCUGUUUUUGAACAAUGGGCAGCCAGUAGCCCAGCAGAGGAUAAUAAUCUAAAAACAUGAUUGACAAAGUUUAUCUGUGAAUAUUCAUUCUUGUCGAGUUAAAGGGCGGCAGGCGCUCAUACCAACGGUCCUGUCUAUAAUCGGAACCCUUUAAAAGUUACCUGAUAACGCUUUGUCAUUGCUGUCUGAACUGUGGAAAUGAAAUCCUUUUCCUGUUUAGACAACAGCUAAGGCAUCACAUAUUUAUCACACUUGUCACGGGGUCAGUGAAGAUUGUAGCAUAUGGGAAAACACUAACUGCAGCCGUUAAACGGCAGUGCAGUAAUGUAUGAGGAAAUAGUAUUGAAGCUGUGGAAAAGUGUUAACAUUCUAAUUGGAUGACGUUUCUACUAUUGUCAUAAAAGUGCAUUAGCAGACGGCCCUGCUCCACUUGUAAAUGCACCAUUCAUUAAUUGAGCUGCCUAGCAAUGACCAGUAGUUAUGUCCCACAUCACAAGAGAUGCAGUUUUAAAUAGAAGAGAUCCAGUGUUCUGAAUAGUGAGAUUACAAGACUUUUGUCCUAUAUAAAAACACAAGUGAUGUAUCAGAGCAGGCUGGUACUCAGUGUGGGUACAAAAGAGAAAUGUGUUCUAAGAUGUCAAUCAAUGUAUGCGGCAUAUGCUAAACAAAGUAUUUUGUGUUAUUGUAGUCUUCCUGCUGCAUCCCCUGGAAAGUUGGGUUAUUGUGCAAUAAAACACGAGGGACUCCUGGACUAAA